ACACUUCCUGAAGCACUCCAUUGGCUGUAAAGCACUGCGAGAUGUCCGGUGGUCACGAAAACUACAAUCUGGAAGAUGGCAGAAGGAGGUUCAGUUAACAUGGAAACUCUACAGGAGUCAUUUAAAAAGUUUGCAGCUUAUGGAGACACCAAAGCGACUGGUAAUGAAAUGACGGGGAAAAACUGGGCCAAGCUAUGCAAAGACUGUAAAAUCAUUGAUGGCAAAGCAGUCACCUCAACUGAUGUGGACAUUGUCUUUUCAAAAGUGAAAGCCAAGACAGCUCGAGUAAUCACAUUUGAAGAGUUUAAGAAUGCUUUGGCAGAGCUUGCUCCGAAAAGAUUCAAAGGCAGAAGUAAGGAGGAAGCGAUUGAGGCAGCCUACAAGCUGAUUGCAGGAAAAGAUCCGGCAAAUGUUGGCAUAACGAAAAUAACAAAGGCUGGUGCUGUUGACAGACUAACGGACACAGCUAAAUAUACAGGAUCCCAUAAAGAACGCUUUGAUCGAGGUGGCAAAGGCAAAGGGAAGGUUGGUCGAGAAGAUACAACAGAAAAUACCGGCUAUGUGGGAGCUUACAAAGGUGCUGGGAGUUACAGUGAGAAAGCAAAAGAGAAAUAAUGUCAAAAAGUGCUUCUUUGGUUGGUUGUAAGCAAAGGGUAACUUUUGGGUUAUUCUACUGAAGGCAUAUAAAUAUGAAUUAAGUCAUCCAUCUUAACAACCUAAAAUUUUAAUUUCAGAAUAAUUACUUUAACAUAAAAAUAUAUAUUUUCCUACCAUAUACUAAUUAUUUGUGUAGAUGCUAUCACCAUAUUUUUUGUGUAGAUGCUAUUAAAUUUAAAAUAAAUAGGUUAA